GGCGCCGUUGCGGUGCCGUGCUAGCAACAACUGGGUGAUGUGGAGCCGACGUCCCAACUGAAACACCACAUCAAAAUAAAUAUUAAACAGCUAACUACGCGCGUUUUGUACACAGCUAAAUCUGAGCCAGCAUGCCUCCGAAGAAACCCGCCCAGGCCGCGGGAAAUAAAAAAACCCAAGAGAAGAAAAAGGAAAAGAUAAUUGAGGACAAGACAUUUGGCUUGAAGAACAAGAAAGGGGCCAAACAGCAGAAGUACAUCAAGAACGUUACUCAACAAGUGAAAUAUGGACAACAAAGUGCACGACAGAUGGCCCAGGCUGAGGCAGAUAAGACCACGAAGAAAGCUGAUAAGAAGAAAGAGUUGGACGAGCUCAAUGAGCUGUUUAAACCUGUAGUUGCUGCCCAGAAAGUCAGCAAAGGUGUCGACCCAAAGUCAGUGCUGUGUGCGUUCUUCAAGCAGGGCCAGUGUACUAAAGGUGACAAGUGCAAGUUCAGCCAUGAUUUAUCAAUGGAGAGGAAAUGUGAGAAGAGAAGCGUCUAUGUGGAUGAAAGAGACGAAGACCUGGAGAAAGACACGAUGGAGAACUGGGACGAGAAGAAGCUGGAGGAGGUGGUCAACAAAAAACACGGAGAAGCUGAGAAGAAGAAAGCCAAAACACAAAUUGUGUGUAAGUACUUCUUGGAGGCCAUAGAGAAUAAUAAGUAUGGCUGGUUCUGGGUGUGUCCAGCGGGGGGCGAUAGCUGCAUGUACCGGCACGCCCUGCCGCCCGGCUUUGUACUGAAAAAAGACAAGAAGAAGGAGGAGAAAGAGGAGGAAAUUUCGUUGGAGGAACUGAUAGAAAAUGAGCGUUCAGCUCUGGGUCCCAACGUGACUCGGAUCACCCUGGAGACUUUCCUGGCUUGGAAGAAGAGGAAAAGGCAGGAGAAGGUGGACAAAGCGAGGGAGGAGAUGGAGAAGAAGAAGGCUGACUUUAAGGCUGGAAAAUCACUAGUGGUGAGCGGCCGUGAGGUGUUCGAGUUCCGUCCAGAGCUGGUGGACGAUGACGAUGCUGAAGCCGAUGACACUCAAUAUACUGACGAUGAAAGUGAAGAUGGGGUGAACGAGACUGAUACCACAGAGAUCCAGGACAUAGACUUAUCUCGUUUUGUUCCACAAGAGGUUGACAACACAGGCAUUACCGUAGCAUCCAUGGACCGUUUCACCUCCAGGAGUAAGAGUCAACCAACAGAAGAAGGCAAUGAGGAGCAGCUGAACGGAGCUUGCGGUGGCGCUGAGGCCAACGGGCUCUCGGGAGCAGAGGGAGGAGGGGAGAGCGGAGGAGGGGAGGAUGAAGAGGAAGAGGAGGUACCGGUGGAUGAGAACCUGUUCACAGGUGAAGAUCUGGAGGAACUCGACGAGGAACUCAACACACUGGCGCUGGAAGAUUGAGAGGGAGCGCGCGAGGUGGUUAGGAUGGACUAAGUGACAAAGGGACGGACUGGUGGAUGCAUGGAGCUAAACAACAAAGAGACCAGAUGUUUGAAUGAUUUUAAAUUUCAGAGACUCCAGUAAUAAAGCCUGACUAUAUCAUGA